AGCCUGAGACGUGUAGAGUGCCGCGAUCCGCACACACCUCACCAGAAUGGGCAAUAUGCCGUUCUGCGAACUGUGCCAAGGGCAGGUGCGGGAUGGGCUGGACGCAGCGAUCAGAGACAUGAUCAUCAGGCUCUUCGAGCUAUACGACUUGAACGGCGAUGGGGUGAUUUCGGCGGAAGAGAUGUACAAAGUCGACCUUGCGGCCCUUGCUGGGCACAUGGACGCCGUCCAGGAGGAGGAGAAGCAAGAAGUACGGAGGAGGGUUGAGAUGAAGUUCCACCAGAUGCAUGGCGAUUUGACGCCGGUGCAUCUCUCCAUGUACAAAGCCUACAUGGACCGGUGGUUGAAAGAGAUGGAGCCGAGUGACAGGAACGCGCGGUUCCUGAUAAUCGAGGGGGUCCUAAUCGAGGCCCGGGCCGGCCGCCAGAUGGUCGAGGAGGAGAGAUGUGCGGCGUUGCCAACGCUGCUCACGAGCAUCCCCCAGCCGCAGACAGGCGCGGAGUAUUCCCCCAGCCGAAAGGUGGCUGGGCGGCCGCUGGCUGGCUGAGCUGGAGCCUGCGUUGUAUCGGACCAACUCGUGAGUCACACCGGGGUGGCCUAGUUCGGUUUGCGUCAAUUCGCCCGAUGCGUCCGG